CGGCGGUCGCGCGACAUUGGCGCGGUGUGCGUGUACGAAAUCGUGUGGCGAACGCAGCAACAAGCUCUGCCGCGCACCGGACAGUCGUCUGUCGGCAUCGUUGGCGCGCGUACACGUCGCCGUCCAAGCAUCCCGUGGUCCACGACCGUUGCGUUCCGAUCCGUUUCGUCGUCAGUGUCAGUGGUGAAUACGCGUGACAGUGUCUGUUCGCGACCCUCCGUCACCCAUAUUACCUCACGCAGCCCCUUUUCGUCAUUCGCGUACGCUUGUCGUUUCCGGUUCCGGCUGCGGCCGAUCGCGCCCAUGUGAUAUGCCCGGUUUGCGUCGUCAUCAUCAUCAUCAUCAUCAUCGUCAUCGGUAUCAUCGAACCCGGCAGAAUGAUGGGCAUCGGCGGCGACGAUGACUCCAGCAGCGGAGUUGUGGUGAGUGUUGGCGGUGGUGUCAUUAUCGGGAGUAUUGGCUGCAACGGAGGACCCGGUCUUUUCCGGUCCAGAAGCCUACCACACCUGUUGGGCAACGACUCGGGCGUGGGCGGCAGCUUCAGUGACGGUGUCGGUGGUAGUGGUUUUCCGGAAGGUGGUGUUGGCGGCACCGGAAGCGGCUUCCACGGCGUUGGAGGUGGUGCGCCAUUGCCUGGCCAUUGCAGCAAGUCGCAGCCCGCCGGCCUAUCCGGACUCGGUGACAUCCGUCAACUGGUUACGCUUAAGCAGCACUAUUAUCCCGAAGGUGGAUGGGGCUGGGUGGUGGCCGCUGUGGCUGUGACCGCGCAUCUGCUCACUCACGGACUCCAUCUCGCAUCCGGUGUAUUUAUCCAGGAGUUGGUGCACAAGUUUGGGCCCGGCACCGUGGUACCUGCAGGAUGGCUGGGAGCAAUGUCCACGGGAGUGGCGCUUUUGCUGUCGCCGGUGACGAUAGCGUUUUGCCGGCGGAAAUCUACAAGAUUGACUGCCGUCAUGGGCGGCCUGAUCACCGCGCUUGGAUGUCUCUUCACCAGUUUCGCCACACAGUUCCAUCAAUUGUUCUUCAGCUACGGCACCGUCAUCGGAAUCGGAGUGGGCAUGACCAGAGAUUGUUCCACGCUGAUGGUGGCGCAGUAUUUUAAGCGAAAACGCGAAUUCGUCGAGAUAUUUAUCGUGUCCGGCAGCGGGAUGGGCAUAGCCGUCAUGUCGAGUUUCAUCAAAGGAGCCAUAAGCGCUAUCGGCUGGCGACUUGGACUCCAGCUGGUCACCGCCACGGUAUUCACCACGUUCCUGUUGGGCACGUGCUACAGGUCAGCAUCGCUUUACCACCCACAGAGACGAGCCAUUCUGCACCUGAAGAACCAGAAGCGGAAAAUCAAGGACAAGAAUCGGCACGACGACCGGCCGCCGUUCCUUGACUUCACCACACUCCGCAGCAAGACCGUCAGAAUCCUACUCGUGUCUACCGGCAUUAGUGCGUUCGGCAUAAACACUCCGAUAUUCUACCUGGCUCACCAGGCCGAAGAGGACGGACUCGGCGAUUCGGCGCUGACGCUGCAGGUGCACAUGGGACUCGCGUGGACCGUGGGUUGCGUGGCGUUCGGGCUGAUCGUCGUUCGGAACUCGGUGGAGUGUCGGAUCGCCAGACAGUACUUGUGCCAGGCGUCCGUGUUCAUGUGCGGCGUGUCCAUACUGGCGCUGACUACGGUCCGCGGCGACCGACAGGGGUAUGUCAUGUUCGCCUGGGUGUACGGCAUGUUCUGCGGUGGGUACCAUUACUCGCUCAAGAUGUACACGUACGAGCGGGUCCGGGCGCGGAACUUUGCCCGCACCUGGGGAUUCGUCCAGUGCUCGCAGGCCAUACCAAUCGCCCUCGGAGUGCCCAUAUCCGGCUACAUCAACAUUGGCUACGGUGCCAAGACGGGUUAUUACUUCAGCUCGGCGUGCGUGUUGCUCGGCAGCCUGACCAUGUUCUUCAUUGACCUGCAUCGGCGGAACGUGCAGAGGCACAAGCACAACGAGUCAGGUACGAAGAAGCUGUGCGUGUCUGACUCGUGUCCGCAGCGUCGGAGGCUGUCGUUCACCGUCGAACCCGAGGAAGUGGUGGUGAUGGAACCCCCUUUAAACAUGCAGGGCGUCGGACUCAUCGGCAGUGGAAGCGGUGGCGGCGGUGGUUUGGGGUUGUUGAUGGGCGGCGGUGGGGGCGGAAGUGGUGGAAGUAGCGGUAGCGGCGGUGGCGGAGGUGGACCCAACGACAAGCCGGAGCUGACGUGCAUUUCCGAAGAGGGUAUCGCCGACAUGGAUCUGCCCGACAACCUGCUCGACGACCUCGACUACAUCGGCGAUUGCAUCACGUCGUGCAACAAGGUGGAAAACUACUUGAUGCUGAGCGAGUUCGAGAACAACCUGAUCGCCGAGAUGCCGGUCAUCAUGGACCGGAAGGGCCGCAGGUGGUCGUUAGCCAAACAGGCGGAAGAGGAGACGCCCAGGGGCGGCAAGUGGCGUCUGGUCGCCGGACAUAACAGCAGGAUGAUCACGGUCAUCGAUGAGGCGUCCGUGUAAAACGACCGCUCGUAAUAAUAUUUUAUAUUCAUAUGUUGUAUUAUUAUUAUUAUUUUUUUUUUAUUAUUAUUAUUGUUGAAUAUGUGUUCAUUUUAUUAUUAUUAUUUUUUUGUUUACUAUUAUAUUCUUUUAUUUAAUUAAAUUGCAAAAUGACACAGUUUAUAUUUCUGUGGUCGGCAUUACUCAAAUGUUUGUGGCGAUCAUUUUUGUAAUCAAAAAUAGAAUAUAUUUAAAAUGGAUGUACAACGAACGGAAAACUGUUGACGUUAUCGGACUUUUUUAAUUGUAUAAAAUUAUUUUUUUAUUUGUACAUGUAUAAUACAGUAGCGAGUAGUUGUCCAAACUAAAUAUAUUUGUCCCUUAAAUUAAAAUUUUUAUAUUUAAUCGAUAUCGGAUAUCUAUUAGAUAUCUAUACUACGAUAAUAUUAUAUAGAAAUGCAUUGACGUCAUAUUAAUAUAUUUAUAUUAUAUUAUUAUUUCAACGAA